GCGGAGGCGGUUGGAGGGAGGCCCGAUUCCCCUUUGUUCGAGUUCGCCAUUUUGCUAGGCAGCGGCAGUGGCGGCGGCAGCGGCGGCUGGAGCCUCUGAUUGGGUUUCGGGGUCCGGUACUGGAGCCAAUCAGCGCGGGCAGCGAACCGGGGGAGCGAGGCACGUCGUCUUCUAGGUUCUCCAGAGGGAAACUUACUGUGAACAGGAUUCAAAAUUGGAAGGACUAUGGAGCAGUAUACAACAAACAGCAAUAGUUCAACAGAGCAGAUUGUUGUACAGGCUGGACAGAUUCAGCAGCAGCAGCAGGGUGGUGUCACUGCUGUCCAGUUGCAGACUGAGGCCCAGGUGGCAUCGGCCUCAGGCCAGCAAGUCCAGACCCUCCAGGUAGUCCAGGGUCAGCCAUUAAUGGUACAGGUCAGUGGAGGCCAGUUAAUCACAUCAACAGGCCAGCCAAUCAUGGUCCAGGCUGUUCCUGGUGGACAAGGUCAAACCAUCAUGCAAGUACCUGUCUCUGGGACACAGGGUUUGCAGCAGAUCCAGUUGGUCCCACCUGGCCAAAUCCAAAUCCAGGGUGGGCAGGCUGUGCAGGUGCAGGGACAACAGGGCCAGACCCAGCAGAUCAUCAUCCAGCAGCCCCAGACCGCUGUCACAGCAGGCCAGACCCAGACACAGCAACAGAUUGCUGUGCAGGGGCAACAAGUGGCCCAGACUGCUGAAGGGCAGACCAUUGUCUAUCAGCCAGUAAAUGCAGAUGGCACCAUUCUCCAGCAAGUUACAGUCCCUGUUUCAGGCAUGAUCACCAUCCCAGCAGCCAGUUUGGCAGGAGCACAGAUUGUUCAGACAGGAGCCAAUACUAACACAACCAGCAGUGGACAAGGGACUGUCACUGUAACACUUCCUGUAGCAGGCAAUGUGGUCAAUUCAGGAGGAAUGGUCAUGAUGGUGCCUGGUGCUGGCUCAGUACCUGCUAUCCAACGAAUUCCUCUACCUGGAGCAGAGAUGCUUGAAGAAGAGCCUCUCUAUGUAAAUGCCAAACAGUAUCACCGUAUAUUGAAAAGGAGGCAAGCCCGGGCUAAAUUAGAGGCAGAAGGAAAAAUUCCAAAGGAAAGAAGGAAAUACUUGCAUGAGUCUCGGCACCGUCAUGCCAUGGCACGAAAGCGUGGUGAAGGGGGACGAUUUUUUUCUCCAAAGGAAAAGGAUAGUCCCCAUAUGCAGGAUCCAAACCAAGCAGAGGAAGAAGCAAUGACACAGAUCAUCCGAGUGUCCUAACCCUGGAGCCGGUGAUGAAACCGGGUCAAGGUCCUGUUUCUCGCACUGCUUCCCACCGUUCCAGGAAACUGAUCGACUGCCAGCGGAACAUUGACGAUCACAGAUCACAUUCUGUCUUUUUUUACAGGACAGAAAACACUUAGUUUUUAAUAAGUGGCUAAGUAUUAUAUCUGCAGUGAUGUCUAGCAAAUUGAAGUUGGCAAGCCUUUGUCUCACUCUUUGAGUCAGGACUUCCUUCAGAGUGUUGAUGACAUUGACAUUUCAUGGAUUAGGAUGAUGAAAAGGGACCCACGCCAAGCCAACAGUACUAUACACAGCACUUACAUUGACUGGUAAAGCCAGCCAGCCACUUCAGCAGGGGGGAAAUAACCUUCUCAGCCUAAACUGCAAUCAGGGAAGAUUUAGCCCACUCCUUCCCUUGGAAUCCAUAAUCAUCUGUCCCUCCAAUGGGGAGCUCUCAGGCUGACUAACUGAACUGAACAGUUUGUUUUCAGAGAUCGCUUCCAGGGAAGGGAAUUUAUCUCAUGAAAACAAUAAAUUAUCUUAGAUACAUUCAUUUAAUCUGUGGUACUAAUAAUAAUCUAUCUGCCCAGAUGAUAGGGUGGUAAUUUUGGACUCCAGCCAAGAACAUGUUAAUUCUGAGGGGAGAAUGAAUGAUAAAAGACUCAAGCACUAAAAAUAGAAAUCACUUAAUCUCACUUUUUUUUUUUUUUAAGCUUUGAUGAGUUGUGACUUGUCUCUAGACAGGUCAUUUGGACCAUAGUUCUUGCUGUGGUAACAUUCAAGAAAACUUAGAGGAUAUUAAACCAUUAGUAAAGAGCAAAACUAUACUUAUUACAUGCUUAAGUGCUGAGCACAUUUGUAGUAACUCUUAAGCAGAGAACCAAACUAGAGAUUUCAGUCACAGACUUUGUGACAGCAUUAAGGAAUCGAUGGGUUCAUGGGUUUAGAUGGGUUCAUUUUAGAAGAGAGAGUAGUUACAAAUGCCUAUAUGUUGCCAUAGCAUGAUUCUCCCAGUUAGUGGAUGCCUGGAUUGGAUCAGUGAAAAGAAGGGAAUUUACAUUUCGUAUAUAAGCACGAAAAGGGAGAAAGGUCAUACUUAGUCCUUUACAGUUUCUGGAAAGUACUGUUUUCUCACUUUCUUGGACAUAUUUCAGGUAGAGUUUGAAGUGGAUUUUUAGCUUUGUGACUCCUGUGGCCCUCUUGUGCUUGCCCAGGGAGCAAAUAUGGCAGCUAAAUCUUUGGUGCCAGUUUCCUUGUGUUUGUCUGUUUUUCCACAGGCUUUUUGCAGAAAGGUUUCCACAUUAUAUCCAUGCUCUAGGGAUAAAUUGUAUACUAAAAGAGGUCCCUACAGAGUCAGAUUCUGCCCAGUUUCCAGAAUUGAUUGUGCCUCAGACAUCUUUUCUAGAUGCUGCGUCCUGGAGAAUAAAAGUGGUACUUUCAUAAAAGAGGCUAUCUUCUCGAAAUUCAAGGGAAACCUAAUUUCUUUUGAAGAAUAUUUGGAUUUGGUUUAACUAGUAAGGUUGGCUCUUUUGUUUCAUCUAUAAUUAUAUUAAUAGAGGGGAAAGCCUCUCUGAAGAAAACAUUACAAAAGGGAAAGCAUUUUAAUUGUAGAAAUAUGCAAAGGAAGCAGAAAAUAACAUUUUUUUCUUAGCUCCUGUAAUCUAGUCCUCUAACCUGGUUUCCAUGUCAAGAGAAGCAGUGACUUUGGUAGACUCAGAAAUUUCUGGCUCUUGCAUGCAUUUCAUGUACUAAUUUUCCUCAGUGAGUUCAGAUGAUAUAACAGGGAUUUAUAUCCUUUGGUUCAUUUAGAAGUCUAAGAUGCAGAAUUUAGAAAUAAAAUUCCUCAAACCUAAUUUCUAGGACUUAAGCCAACAAUUCUAAAAUGGUUGUGUAAGUUUGUACAUAGUCAUGCUAACCUCAUUGUUCCAAGGGUUUUUCCCCCAUGUGUUUGGAGUUUUGUUUAGAAUGAAAUGUUUCCUUUUAAUUUUGCCACUGCAUUUCAGAUUGCUCAUGACUUUUUAUCAUGGUCAUUCUACACCAUUAUGACCCACAGAGUAGAGAGUUGGGGUUUGGAUUUUUUUGUUACUAGAAGUUCUUUUAUUCCUUUGUCCUAGGGACAGUAGUGAUGACUUCUUAGAUGCAGAGUGAAUGGAUGAGUGAAUAAUUGUUCGAAAGCACAGUUACUUCACUUCUUGAGUGCUUUUUUUUUCCAAGAAAGUUGUAAAUGUAUAUAUUUUAAUUGCUCUGGUACAUUGAACAUGCCAGUGUCCCUACCACUGGACUAACAGCAAUUUCUAGCUUUGGGGUGCCUGAUAAUAAUGUCUUGAUUUUCCUUUGGGACUCAACUAUAUAGGGUUUUUCCCAGGAAUAGGAGGAGUACAAGUGAUUGAUCAUUGAUGUCAUUGCAAUUGUUAUUUUUUAAAAUAAAUUUAUAAAAACAUUAAGAAGUGGUUUGAA